GGGGUGGGCGCUUGUAGGGCGGCUCAGUGCAGUGUUGGCCGCCAGCUCGCUCGGCGCGUACCAUGCAGAGCAGUGGGCUGGUUCUCUGGCUCGCGGCUGUGGUGUGCGCGUGUGAACCCUGCCUAGCGUCGUCGACUGCCAGUGCUGGCAUUAGCAGCAGCAACAGCGACAGCAACAGCAACUACUACUACUACCAUCACCACCAACGGCCCCGCGGCGGCAGCAGCGGCAGCAGCAGCAGCAGCAACACCCUGCUGGCCCUGGUGCGGGCAGCCACAGCCCUCCACCACCAACACCAUCAACACCAUCACCAUCGCCCGCCGCCGCCGCCGCUGCUGCUGCCCCAGCAGCAGUCUCCCCAACAGCAGCAGCAGCAGCAACAGCACCAUCAUCACCACCAUCUCCACCAACAACACAGACCGCCGCCGUCGCUGCUGCUGUUGCCCGCGAACGCCCAGCUAGAGUAUCCGCACCUCUAUCGUCGUCACAAUGUGGCCCGCGGAGACCUCCUUCCCAUCGAGCAGCAGCAGCAGCAGGAGGAGGAACAACAGCAGCAGCAAGAAGAACAGCAGCAGCAGCAGCUUUCUCAGCCCCAGGAUCAGUCGCAGCAGCAGCAGCAGCAGCAGCAGCCUGCUGGGGAUGAAGACCUGCAGCAGCUUCAGCAGCAGGAGAUACAGCAGCAGCAGCAGAUACCCGACGAGGAAAGAGGCGAAGCAGCGGCAGAGAAGCGGCGGCUGGCCUGGAGUAAAAGAGGAGGAAGCCCUGGAGUGGACGAGGAAGACGAUGACGACGACGGCGAUGCCCCUGUAAGCGUUGGGUCCGAAAUGGACGUGGCACGAGGGCAGCAGCAGCAGCAGCAGGGGGGUGAGGAAGAGGCCGUGGUGGCAGGGCUGCAGCAGGUUGGAUCCUCCAUAGCCACCAACUUCCUCAGGCACGCCCGCUCAGGUCCUCGACCCUACGACGUCCCCAGGAUCGGUGAGUGUUACCUCAGUCUCUCCCCAACACGCACAAAUUAUAACUAUAUAGAAUUAAUAUAUAAAUGUCUCUCUUUCAUGGAUUGGUUCGUGUUGCCUAAAAUGCUCCCUUUAUAAAAAGAUUUGUCCUUC